UUCAAACUCCGCCUUCUCUGCGUCCUCGCAACUCUCUGAGGAGCCAACGGUCGGGGCGGUUGGCGUUUUUCUGCCACUUUCCGAGCAAGUUAACAACCAAAGGCUCGAGGAAAGGCAAAAAUGUUUCAGCUGAAGGAGCGCUUUGUGUCGCUGCUCCACGAGAAAAACUUUGUCACGGACCAGUUGGCGAUGCUGGAGCAAAAAACUGGACUGAAGAGGGAACAUAUCACUUUGGUUGCUUUCGGUUUUAUCGUGCUCUACCUCCUGUUUGGAUACGGAGCCUCGCUGCUCUGCAACCUGAUUGGAUUCAUCUACCCAGCAUAUUUCUCCAUCAAGGCCAUUGAGAGCACCAACAAGGACGACGACACCCAGUGGCUCACCUACUGGGUUGUUUAUGGCUUUUUCAGCAUUGUUGAGGCCUUCUCUGACAUCUUUCUCUCCUGGUUCCCCUUUUACUAUGCUGGGAAAUGUACGUUCCUGAUCUGGUGUAUGUCUCCGGUGAAGUGGAACGGCUCUGACCUGUUGUACACGCAGGUGAUCCGGCCUUACUUCCUGAAACACCAGAGCGUCAUGGAUAACAUCGUCAGUGAUAUAACUUCCAAGGCCAAGGACCUCAAGAACACCGUGACAAAGGAGGCUGUCCACCAAGCUCUCAGCCAUGACAAGGAUGACUGAGAAGCACAGAGGAUAACCUAGUGUGCAUGUGAGUGAGGGCGUGUGUGUGUGUGAACGUCACCUUUUUCUGUGGUCCUCUUAUGAAGAUGGAUGACUAACUGCCCUGCUCUUUGUGGAGUCUGUGCCUUUCCUCCUGUGAAAACAAAUAAAAUACUGCGCAUCAACAUCUAUCGGUACGUUGAAGACAGUCAAUGAAGCUGUGACUUUUGUUUGUGAUCCGUUAUGAAGACGACUGGGAGAAGCGUUUAUUGAAGAAUCAUUUGUUUACUUGUGCGUAGCUGUGAUUAUAAUCAUUUUUUGGGCAGAAGACUAAUAAAUUACACUACUUUCAAGCUUUGAAUUAAAAUAGAUCUAGCUCUACAUUCAUAUUGAGGUUUGAUUAGGAAAUAAAUCCAGAGGUAAAUCGACAGCGUCUCAGGAACCUUUGAAGAUUUUCUCUGCCUGUUGGUCUAAAGGCUCGUUGCCCUAAAAUAUAUUUAUAGACCGCCUUCUGUUGCGUUGAUAAUCAUGUCAUCUGUCUCCUUUUCUCUCCUUCAUGUGCCAGACUGAUCUCAGUCUGAGGUAUUGGGAACAUUCCCAAGCUUUGACAUUAACUGGAAACCUUCUGGCUUUUAAAAUGUCUUAAUUUAUUUUCUCACGAUGAUUUAAAGAAAUAAAACUGGAACUCCGAUGAGCUGAAA